AUGGGGGACUGGAACCUGCUGGGAAAGCUUCUAGAAAAAGCCCAGGAGCACUCCACUGUGGUGGGGAAGGUGUGGCUCACCGUCCUGUUCAUCUUCCGCAUCCUGGUCCUGAGUGCGGCGACCGAGAAGGUGUGGAGCGACGAGCUGUCGGGCUUCACCUGCGACACCAAGCAGCCCGGUUGUGAGAACGUGUGCUACGACAUCACUUUCCCCAUCUCCCACGUCCGCUUUUGGGUGCUGCAGAUCAUCUUUGUGUCCACGCCUACGUUGAUCUACCUGGGACACAUCGUCCACCUGGUGCGCAUGGAGGACAAGCAUAAAGAGAAGGACAGGCUGAGGGAACUGGCACAUCAUUCAGACAAGCAGGGCCUUAUUGUGAGUGGUAAGCACAAGAAGGUUCUGGUGAGAGACGAGAAGGGUCGAGUGCGCCUGCAGGGGGAGCUCUUGCGCACAUAUGUAUUCAAUGUGGUCUUUAAAACCCUGUUCGAGGUGGGUUUCAUCGUGGCUCAGUAUCUCUUGUAUGGCUUUGAGCUGAAGCCCAUGUACACAUGUGACAGGUCGCCCUGCCCCAAUGUGGUAAACUGCUACAUCUCACGUCCCACAGAGAAAACCAUCUUCAUCGUCUUCAUGCUGGGAGUGGCUAGCGUGUCUCUGCUCCUCAACCUUGUUGAGAUCUACCACCUGGGCUUCACCAAGUGUCGCCAGGGCAUCACCUUCAGGAGACGUCAUCGGCGCCCUGCGAGUCUCCCCAUUGAGCCCAAAGAGGCCGCGGUGCCGUAUGCGCCGAGUUACGACGACUACUUCCACCAAGUUCAGCCGGCCUACCCGCCUGUACCCAGCUACGACCUCUCCCCUCUGUCUGAGGGCACAGACUCGUCCUUCCACCCCUACCACAGCAAGGCGGCCUACAAACAGAAUAAGGACAACCUGGCGGUGGAAAGGAGCAGCAGCAUGCCAGAGGAAUGUGACCUAAAAGGAAAGAAGGGAGCGGGGUCAGCCCCUGGGUCACCUACGCAGGCCAGGCCAGGCCGCACUGCCAAACACAGCAACAACAAGACUAGAAUAGACGAUCUGCAGAUAUAA